GCGCAGUCCGGCAGCAGGAGGCUCCCGGAGGGGGCGCGUCUAAAACGGCCCAGUGAGCUCCGACUUCACGGUGCGAGACUUUCUUUGUUACUGCAGGACGUCUGCGGCUGCGACUCCCUCUCCGACUCCUCCCAGAUGAUGAUUUGACCUCAGGCUUCCUCAGCUGUCGGUGAUGGAGGACCUGUGGUGUGUGGCUGUCGGUGUGUUCCAGGUGUGGGUGUUUGUGGUGGUGUUCCUCAUCAUGCUGCCCGCCAUGUUCGGCCUCUCUCUGGGCGUCACCGGGGUCUACAUCCAGAUCCUGGUCAAAAUCCUGCAGUGGGCCACGUUACGAAUCCAGAGGGGUCGGCAGGAGCAGCCCAGCGUCCCUGUGCCUCUGCCCAAAGGCAUCAUUGAGCGAGCGGGGGGCUCGAUGGAGGAGGAGAUGGGGCAGAGCUCCCGGUCCCUGGCGGGGGGGGAGUUUGCUCUGAGCGACGCCUUCUACUUCUACAAGAAAGGUCUGGAGAGCAUCGUGGACGACCAGGUGACGCAGCGCUUCUCCUCCGAGGAGCUCGCCUCCUGGAACCUCCUCACCCGGACCAACCAGAACUUCCGCUACAUCAGCCUCCGCCUCACCGUCAUCUGGGGCCUCGGCGUCUUCGUGCGCUACUGCGUCCUCUUCCCUCUCAGGAUCACUCUGGCGAUCAUCGGCCUCACGUGGCUCGUCAUCGGAACGAUUCUGGUGGGAUUUCUGCCUGAGAGCAGUGCAAAGAACUGGCUGAGCGAGCUGGUGCAUCUGACCUGCUACAGGAUCUGUGCCAGAGGACUGUCAGCCACCAUCCAGUACCACAACAGAGAAAAUAAGCCUCAGAAAGGAGGAAUCUGUGUUGCAAAUCACACCUCGCCGAUCGAUAUUGUGAUUCUGGCCAAUGACGGCUGCUACGCCAUGGUGGGCCAAAUUCACGGAGGUCUAUUGGGGGUCAUUCAGAGGGCGAUAGUGAGGGCGUGUCCUCACGUUUGGUUCGAGAGGUCAGAGAUGAAAGACCGCCACGCUGUGACGAGCAGGCUGAGAGCUCACGUCGCAGCGAAGACCAAACUUCCCAUCCUGAUAUUUCCUGAAGGAACCUGCAUCAACAACACCUCAGUCAUGAUGUUCAAGAAGGGAAGCUUUGAAAUCGGGGGAACAAUUUACCCCGUCACAAUCAAGUACGACCCUCGGUUUGGCGACGCUUUCUGGAACAGCGCCAAAUACAACAUGGUCAGUUACCUGCUGCGGAUGAUGACCAGCUGGGCCAUCGUGGUCAAUGUGUGGUACCUCCCUCCCAUGAGCCGACAGGACGGUGAGGAUGCAGCUCAGUUUGCCAACAGAGUGAAAUCUGCCAUCGCUCAUCAGGGAGGCCUGCUGGACCUGGCAUGGGACGGAGGACUGAAAAGACAGAAAGUGAAGGAUUCGUAUAAGCAGGAGCAGCAGAAGAUGUACAGCAGCAUCAUUGUUGGACAGAACGGCUCUCUGAGAGCUUGUAGUGAAAACACAGAGGAGCAGUGAUGCCGGACUCUGAUGAUCGUUAGCUACCCACUGAAAUGUGAACUGGAUGUGUGUUCAGAAAGCAGAACCUCCAGGAGACCUUAAACACAGAAGAUCACUGUGAAAGUCUUAUUGCACAGUUUUUAUCUAAAGUCUGACUCCAGCGCUGAGAGUGUAGGAGUGUAUUUCCACCAGCAGGAGGCAGCACAGGACCACCAAUCCUGUUUAUCCUCCUCCUCCUGGCUCACUGCUGAAGACUGUUACAAGAUGUUUUCACACAGAGCUGUGUGCUGAACUGAAAACCAAACGCUGACCACAUGCUGUAUGAGCAAAUGUUUUAAAUGUUUAUAUUUUUUAAACCACAUGUAUUUUCUUGCUCUUUUACCUGCGAAUCUCUGUUGACAUAAAAAAAUAUUACUCACAAAAAAAAAUCAUCUGCAAGCACAUUUAUGUUCACAUCACGUUUGUGUAUUUUUGUUAUUUUAUUUUUUACUGAUGCGGUAUAAACUGACAGACUGUUAUCACAUGAGCGCAGCAUAGUUAGAGCGAGCUGUGCAGGAUAAGAUGCAGCGUGCAGAAGGUGGUACAUGUUGCAUGUUGUGAAAAAUAAGUGAAGGCAAAGAUCAAAUAGAAAGUAAAUAAGAGAGAAAACAUGAAGAAAAAGAACAAUGGGAGGUGAAGACAAACCUUUAAAUGAAUCAAUAAAAUCAAUCGUGGCCUA